UCUUGCUUCCCGGCCGGCGGAUGGAGCGCUCGUUGUUCCGGAAGCCGGUACCGGGGUCCUGGUGUUGGGAAAUGGCGGCCGGAGAUUGCGAUGUGACGAUGGCCCCGGAGCCGAGCGGAGCGGGAGAGGCCGAUCUGGAGAGAGAGGCUGAAUUAUUUAAAGAACAAGGCAAUGCAUUUUACGCAAAGAAGGACUACAAUGAAGCAUUUAAUUAUUACACAAAAGCAAUAGAUAUCUGUCCUAAAAAUGCCAGUUACUAUGGCAACCGAGCAGCAACUCUGAUGAUGAUUGGUAAGUUCCGGGAGGCUCUUGAAGAUUCACAGCAGGCUGUGAGGCUGGAUGAUGCUUUUGUGAGGGGUCACCUGCGAGAGGGAAAAUGUCAUCUUUCUUUAGGGAAUGCCAUGGCAGCUGGCCGGUGUUUUCAAAAAGUCCUGGAACUGGAAUCCAAUAGCCCCCAGGCACUUACAGAGCUGAAGAACGCAGAAGCGGUAUUGGAGUACGAAAGAAUAGCUGAACUUGGCUUUGUCAAAAGAGAUUUCAGAAAGGUUGUAUACUAUAUGGAUCGUGCCCUCGAAUUUGCUCCUGCCUGUCACCGCUUCAAAAUCCUUAAAGCUGAAUGCUUAGCCCUUCUUGGCCGUUACCCUGAUGCACAAUCGGUAGCAAGUGACAUUUUGCGUAUGGAUUCCACUAAUGCUGAUGCCCUGUAUGUGAGGGGGCUUUGUCUUUACUAUGAGGACUGCAUUGAAAAGGCUGUUCAAUUCUUUGUCCAGGCUUUAAGAAUGGCACCUGACCACGAAAAGGCACGACUUGCUUGCAGGAAUGCUAAAGCUUUACGAGCAAAGAAGGAAGAAGGGAACAGAGCUUUUAAGGAAGGGUCCUUUGAUGAGGCAUUUGAACUUUAUUCAGAAGCUCUGAAAAUAGAUCCAAAUAACAUCAAAACGAAUGCUAAAUUGUACUGUAAUCGAGGGACGGUGGGAUCGAAGCUCAAUAAGAUGCAACAAGCAAUAGAAGACUGCACAAAUGCAAUAAAACUUGAUGACACAUAUAUCAAGGCUUACAUGAGGCGGGCACAGUGUUAUAUGGAUACAGAACAAUAUGAAGAGGCUGUAAGAGAUUAUGAGAAGAUUUACCAGACAGAGAAAACAAAAGAGCACAAACAGCUGCUUAAGAAUGCACAACUGGAGUUGAAGAAAAGCAAACGAAAAGAUUACUACAAAAUUCUUGGUGUUGAUAAAAGUGCUUCGGAAGAUGAAAUUAAGAAAGCUUAUAGGAAGCGGGCACUGAUGCACCAUCCAGAUCGACAUAGUAGUGCCAGUCCAGAGGUACAGAAGGAAGAAGAAAAGAAAUUUAAAGAAGUUGGAGAAGCUUUUAGUAUCCUCUCGGAUCCAAAAAAGAAAGCACGUUAUGACAGUGGUCAAGAUUUGGACGAUGAUGGCAUGAACUCUGGUGAUUUCGAUGCUAAUAAUAUUUUCAAGGCAUUUUUCGGUAGCCCGGGUGGCUUCAGUUUUGAAGCUUCUGGUCCUGGGAAUUUUUUCUUCCAAUUUGGCUAAUGCGCAACCUUUUGUUCAAUGUCACUGGGUGUAAUUCAAGCAAAAAUAAAAUAAAUACCCCUGUUUCCCUGUGUUUAAUCUAUUUAGAGGAGAAACUUCCAUGUUUCAGUUGAAUACCUCUUGUAUUCAUGUAAUUCUAUGUUUUUGUUGAAAAAGAAGCCGUCAUCACAGAAUGUGAAGUUGACCUUAAUGCUUUGUUUUUAUAAUCAUAUUAAUUAAAAAUAAAAAGGAUUACCUCAUUUUGAAGUAUGCAGUCCCUCACGCUAACGGUCUUCAGUUGUGUAAAUAGAGGCAGUUGAGCUUUUAUGUAGAUGAGGGUAUUUCUUCGCAAUGCAGGAAAGUCCACUUUUUAUUCAAACGAAAACCGAGCUUGUAUUUAAAGCAGUGGAUUUUUUCUGUGCUUCUGUUCAGCAGAAUUACCAACUUUUAAAUGACUGGUGGAGUGGCUCACUUCAUCAGCCUCUCCACAUAGUCCAUUGUAUCCUUUCCAGUUAUCAACCUUGCCAGUGAAAGGAACAUUUGCUACUGAUGGUUACAGGUGCUAGCUCAAACACGCUGCUGACAGGGACAGGGAAAAGAGAGAAACAAAAUGCCAUGUGGUUAAAGGCAAGUUUUGUUACAGCUUCGCUUUGGACUUGCAAGAACCUUGCCACUGAUUUAAACUCAGCAGUUUAGGAAUUCUCUGAACUAAUAUAAUUGCAUUUCAUAAAGAUCAUCAGAAUAAAACAUCUCCAGUUCUAAAAGCCUUGCAGUGCUCCGUUUCCACUUCAAGGAAAUAAUUUGUAUUUAUGACCUAACUAUUCUACCUGCAUGUGCUUAGUGGAUGUCUACACGUAGUGAGCUACAAGUACAAAAGUAAAAUUACCAUGAAAGGAAACAUGAAAUCCCUCAGUGUAGCAGAAUGCUAGUUAUGGCAACCCACAAACAUCGUGUUAGUUUGCCCAAAAUUAAUUACAUUGAUGUGAUUCAUCGCCAAGAUCUUCCAUGUGCUCCCAUCGGGAAUGCUUGGGAAUUUCCCAUCGUGCUCACACCAUUGGCGGCAUGGGUGAGUUGUACCUAAUGCUAACCUGUUUCUGUCGUGGAGGUAGGAGUUUGAUGACAUCCACAAAGCCUUUUGAGCCAAGAACACAGUUUGGUAAACAAGUAAAAAUAAAGUUGCCACUGUCUUACCAAACCAGAGAGCUGCUCUGUUAUUUGAGAAAGGUGAACCACACCUCUCAUGAGGGGAGAGGUUAAGGAGAGUUCUUUAUGGUAACCUCAAGUCAGUGCUGGUUGGCAUCAUUCUGCGUUGCAAGCCAGCAUCCAGCUAACUGCGCACCUUACCUAGUAAACGGUCCCCAGUACUAGAGGAGUAUGUUGUCAAACAGACUGUAACAUAGCCAGUAGGUCGGCUUUUUGAGGGGAGAGGCAAGCAUGUUGCCACCAACUCUGCAGUUUCUAAUUGCUGCUUACAAAUUGGCCAAAGCUUUAGGCAUGUAUCUGAGGCAAACGGGUUUAAUGAGAUUGGAUUAAAAGAGGAUAAUACAUUUAAAAUUGUAUGAUUCUGUUUAUAGGCCCAUUGUAUCUUUUCUGUUUUUAUGCAGUUCAUUGAGGCAUUUUCUGGUCAGGAAGUGUAAUUUGGAGAUGUGGAAAUAGGAAGGAAGGAAAACUGCUUCAGUGUAAACGCUUUGCCUCCAUACAUAUUGCACAGUUGACUGUUUUAAACAACUGAAGUAAUGCCAACGGGGAAAGUGGAGUUUGCCUGUCUGGGAGUCAUAUUUAAACUUAGCCCUUUUUCAUUUUAAAUAAACACCAUAAAUAUUCACCACUAUAGAAUGACACACAAAAACAUGAGCUCUUUGUGUUAAAUUCCUGAUCAUUGGGACUACAGAAUGGAGAAAUGGAAGGAAUGGCUGUACAUAGAGUCUCCCCAUCAUCCAGUAACUCGUGUUCAGGAAGCAUCAAGUUAAUAAACCUCACAUUUCUUUAAUGUUGUACACAGGAUACUCACUUCCCCAGAUUAAGCUAUCGAUUUUGUUUAGAAAGAAAUUUAGCUGUCAUUGACUUUUAUUUCAACAAAGUUUAGUGGCAUGCCAUGAAAUUCAGUCUUGUGGUUUGACUCCAUAAAAAAGCAGGCAUCUCUGGAGAUGUCUUUUGUGCAUUUUAUAAACUUAAACAUAGUGCAUUAAUAAACUGCAAGACCAUCCCACUUCAAUAUUCCUUUUACUUACAAAUUUUGCCCUUCUCAAAGGUAACAAAUGGUUCAAUUUGUUUUGGCAUUGGACUGGCUAGUUUCAUUUGGUUAAAUUUGAGAGUGGGGAUGUACCAUCUGGACUUUCUGUAUUUGUUAAAGCACUCAGAGAUGAGGAUCUCUGCAGAAUUGUGAUUUUUUUUUUGCGUCAUUCUGUGGCAAAGCAUGUUAGACAUGACUAUGAAACCUACCUUUUCAUGAUUGGCCAGCAUAAUUGUGCAAAAUGUUCGUAGCUUUGAUUUGGCUGUCAGGGGGGCCUACAGGUUACCUGUUCCACUUUUAAAUUUAGGCUGCUUCUCACAUCUAUAUUUUGAAAAACAGUUGGAUGUUUGAGAAAUGGCUUUUGAAAUAUUUAUAAUGGCACUGAAGCAAAUAUUUGCAUUUUUGCAAUUAAGACAUUGAAGAUAUUCUUGCCAGCACCUCCCAAAAAGCAGGUUGGCUUGGCCUGUCCUUGUAUUCAUGUUUAUUUUGGAAUUUGUUUGGAUGCAAAUCUAGCUUUUUAAAUGUUUCCUACACUGCUUGUUUUGAGCAGUGGGGCAAUAGCAUUCAAAUUAUUUUUUUUUAACUUAAUAAACCCACAUCAUAGUAACUUAGUUAAAGCAACAUCGGGAGAGAAAAGGUGGAGAUGCAUGGGCAGAGAAGAUUCCUGGACUGGAUUAGCUGCUGUUAUAGUAUUAAAAGCAAAUACAUGAGCAAAUUUAAUAUUUCUUAAUCAACAUUUGGAGCCCUUUCUUUGUUGAAGAUGCAGAUUACUUUUGAAUAUCCUUAAAGGUCACUUGAAGUUUUUUCCUAGUGAGGCACUAAAGGAGGUUUAAGCCCCAUCAGGAAACCAUUAUUUUUCUUCACAGAGUGUUUGUGGAAACAGUCCAGUAGAAAAUGGCUUCGGAGAAAGUGUAAAUCCGAUUUUUUUUUUUUAAAAUGUCUGGGUCCCUGGAAUAGAACAGUUCAGUGCAACACCUUGUGGCUGUUUAGCCACUGAGCUGGCCGGAUUUCAAGUUUAAAAACGUAGACAAGGGGAAAGUGAGAUUCAUAAGCUCCUUGGUCUGAAGUGAUGAAUCUUUAUAUUAAAGCAAAAAAUUGACCUCUCUUUAAAAAAAGUUGUUUGAAGCUUUGCUAUAUAUUGUCCACCUGUCCAUGAAGGAUAUUUUAAUGGAAGGUUAAGAUGUGAAGAAUUCUGCCCCACUCUCCUAUAUCUUUCUUUAGUGCAUUCCUUCCCAAACAAGCCAAGCCUGUGCAAGGAUGCAACUCCACAGAUUAUUUUAAUACUUCAUCUGAGUGUCUGUUAAAGCUGGGUCCUGCCCUGAUCUUCCACCUGAUGUUCACCUGUGUGCAUUCCCAGUAGGGACCAUCAGAAUGAUGAGAGUCAUUCUGGGCUGUUUGUUUUUUUUUUGCAUCUUCCAUUUUUCUGGGAAACUGACAGCAAUGUUAGUGUAUGAGCUGUUCUCAGCUGGAGCAGCAGUGAAUUCAAUAAAAAUUGCAUAUAAGGACCUCGAUGGUAUAAUUAGUUCAUUGCAACACUAUCUAAAAGAUCAAUGCAAUUUAAAGGAUACAACUUCAGAUUCUGCUGUGAGUCUACACACAAAUAUAGAGCAACAUCUUUCAACAGGUUUGAUCUGUUUCCCUACCUACCUUCAGGAAAUGGGAGGUACUUUUAAUUAAUACUCCAAACAACAGCAUACUAUAUGCUUGAGUCAUUAAUCUAACUUCUUAUGUCUCUGUUCAUGUGAGCUGAGGGCUGUGUGUACAGGAAACAUUGGGUUUAGUUGAAAAGAUGUGCUGAAAAUCUGAAAUAAAGAAAAACAUAUGGAAUUGGUAAACCCAAGGAGUAGAGGUGCCUCAGAAUUGUUCAAAUAAUCUACACCCAUAAUAUUAAGCAGGUUUGUCAAAUUUGCAAAUCAUUUGCACUGGCUGAUCAAAAAUCAUUUGCAAUUCUUGUUUUACUGCAAAGGCCAACCAUUAUUGUGGGUGGGGGGGGGAGGGAGUGUAACGGAGACAUUUAUACCAAGCAUUAUGCUCACAAACUGAAGUCUAAUUGCUGUUUGCCACGGACUAUUUUUAGUUUUGUGCCUGCUUUCACACUGAGAAUUGCCAAAUAGAGAUUGUCAGACUGCUGUUUGUUAUAAUAAAAAAAAGCAAAUAAAAAGGGAAAUUGCUCCCUUUUCCAAAAAAGCAAAAAAAAGUCAGGUUAUUGACAUUAAUGCAUUAUUCUGUAGAUAUUUUGUAUGAAAUCUUUGGGGAACUGGCCUGGAGAAGUUGCUCUAAGUGUUGAAACAGAUUCAACAUCAAGGGUCAAAUCAGUGACACCUACAUAGUCCUGGGAAUUUCAGCUUCAAGUGUUGUAGUUCCACAACUUCCUCCCACUAAUGUUUUCCCUCAAUAUUAUCACUCCUGAAUAUCCCAAGAAUUGUCUAAAUUUAAUUCUAAUUCCAAGUAGCCAUUUUAUGCUUCAGGUGUGUGGAUGGUAGACUCAUGAAGGGUUUUAAAUAUGUUUCCUAGUUUGUGUAAUGUAUUUCUCUGGUAAACCUUGUGAUGUACAUUAAGCUGCACACACUUUGUUCUGUUUGUAUGAUUUCUCAAUGUUUUACUGCUGUACAAAAUGUACACUCUGUACAGUAUUCAUGUACAAAGUGAAUGUUAAAUAAAGAUAAGAAAUGGCAUUGCUCAGUAAA